AUGUGCGAAGUCCCAGCUCCAGUUUCUCCUCACUCAAAGAAACGAAGGGUUGAGGAUAUGGCCAAGAAGAUUUCGAAGAAAAAUAAGAAGACAAAGAAUAGGAAGUUAGUAAUUCCAACGGAAUCAUCCGAAGAAGAAGAAGUUCCUGAAACACCCGAACCCGAACCUAUUAUAAAGCUUACUUCUCCUGAGAAGACUGUUGUCAUACCAUCCGCAGUUUCGUCUACCAAAUCAUCUCAUGAGGAGGUACGAACUUCAGACAUCACUAAAAACAUAUCUGAUACGGAUGUAAAUGUCAUCAUGGGUGAAGGAGAUCUAUCGAAGGAAACUACUGAACCUCCACAAGCGAAUGAUGAAUCUGAUAAUGAAGAUGGUGGCUUUGGUGAUACUUUUGAAGAUAUGACUUUUGAUGAAGAAGAGGAGGAUUUCCCUGACGAUAUGCUCAUGUUCAUGAAACAAUUCAAAAUACUGAAUAAAAAGUUGAAUUCAAUUAUUCAGUCUCAAGCAGACAUGGGUGGAGGAAGUUCAGUGUCCAGUUUCGAAAUUGAUGGACUGAUAAAGGAUUUUGAGGCGUGA